AUGGCAGCACAGAAAAUAACCGAGGCACACGAGCACAUCGCCAAAGCAGAGAAAUGCUUAAAGACCAGCAUGACCAAGUGGAAGCCGGACUACGAUGGAGCUGCGUCUGAGAUGGCCAAAGCUGCUGUGGCUUUCAAAAAUGCUAAGCAGUUCGAGCAAGCGAAGGACGCGUACCUGAAGGAGGCAGAGUACCACACAGAGAACAAAACAUUGUUCCAUGCUGCAAAGGCAAUUGAGCAAGCAGGUAUGAUGCUGAAGGAUAUGAAGCGACUCCCGGAGGCUGUUGAACUGAUUGAGAAAGCCAGCGUGAUGUACGUGGAGAACGGAACAUCAGGAACUGCAGGCAUGGCUUUGGACAGAGCCGGCAAACUUAUUGAACCUGUGGAUCUGGAGAAAGCGGUGGACUUGUAUCAGAAAGCUGCAUCUGUUUUUGAGAAUGAGGACCGGCUCCGACAGGCUGCCGAGCUGCUGGGAAAAGCGUCCAGACUUCUGGUACGGCUGCGCAGGUUGGACGAGGCAGCUGUCUCUCUGCAGAAAGAGAAGAACAUGUACAAGGAGAUUGAGAAUUACCCCACGUGCUUUAAGAAAACCAUAGCACAAGUGCUGGUCCAUCUCCAUCGAGGUGACUUUGUCGCAGCAGAUAAGUGUGUGAAAGAGAGUUACAGUCUUCCUGGGUUCAGCGGCAGCGAGGACUGUGCUGCAAUGGAGACGUUACUGGCGGGUUACGAUGAGCAAGAUGAGGACGAUGUUUAUCGCGUGUGUAACUCCCCUCUUCUGAAGUACAUGGACAACGACUAUGCAAAGCUGGCUGUUUCUCUGAAAGUACCUGGAGGAGGCGGGAAGAAGAAGAAAUCUCCCAGUGCUCCACAGGGGGGCGCUUCAGGAGCGCCGGCUGCAGAGGACGAGGACGAGUAUGAAGGAGGACUGUGUUAGGUUCAUCUCAGCACUUUCAAGUGUGUAUGUGCACGAGAGAGAGUGACAGGGAAAAGAAGAGAGAGAAUAUAUUUCGGAGA